CGCGCCACAGCGCGUGUAAAUAUACAACAGCGGACUUUAGCUGCUCCUGGACGCUGUACUGGGACACAAGCAUUACUAAAUCAACGGAUGUAUUAAAAAAUGCAGUGUGCUUGUUUUGAUGGCUGGAGAGAUCGGCUGUAAGGGCAGGUUGCAUCAUGUUUGUUUCCGGGAUGAGGCUCGGCUGUGUAAUUCCUCACUGACCGGGAAUGGGAUUUGCAGUGCUGCUGUACUGGCCGAAUAUUAUUGGAUACAUCAGGAUUGGCCUUGUGUUUGCUGCAUGGGCUGCCUAUGAGACACCAGCAGUCUUUGUCUCGCUUUACUCAGUCUUCACAGCACUGGAUGGAGUGGACGGCUGGCUGGCGAGGAGGCUGGGCCAGAGUUCCAGGUUUGGGGCCUGGCUGGACGUAGUGGUGGACAAUAUGGGCAGAGGCAUGCUGUGGAGCCUGCUGUUUGAGUGGGGCUGGCUGGUGUCUGCAUUGGAGUGGUGUGUUUUUGUGUGCAACCACAACGCCAGAGGUGACCAGUGGAAGGACAGCUUCACCACCAGCCCUCGAUUCAUACGAGCCAUCAUGGCGAACGGGUUUCGGACACCUCUUGGCACAUGGGUGGUGAGCGGGCUGCACUGCCUCCCGCUAUGGCUGUAUGGGGGUCAGUGGGGUUUACUGGCUCACUGGCUGUAUCUGCCUCCCUGGAUCCAGGCCUUGGGGACUGUGCUGCUGACUGCAGGCCGCCUGCUGGCUCUUUCAGUGGAGAUCUGGUGUAUAUGGACACACAUUGAAUACCUCACCAAUGAUGAGGAGCCGGAAGAGAAAAAGAACUGAAAGUCACUCAGCAGAGUCAGUUUACACUGUCCUGUCCACCUUUAUAAGAACAGUGGCCUCAGGUCGCAUUUGGUUUUCUCCAAAGAUGAAACAAUUCAGCAGAAUGUGCCAACAUGAGCUACAGUUUGACUUUUUGUUCUAUUUUUACAAUGAAUGUGUAUUUAUUCCUGACAUCAGCUCCCAUGUUGGAUGAAAGGGCACAUUCACAUUAAACUAUGUGGCUGCUUUAGACAUACAAGAUGGCAGGGAAGUCGCUUUCAGCAAGAGUAGCAUUUUGACCUCUCGCUUACUUGAAAUCUGGAGUUUUCUGUUUACUACAGUGAACAUGGUCGACUUUGUGUAUGGCUGCUGAGAUACAGCAUGUGCCUCAUGCCCAUGCUGGCUGCUGAGACUGUCAUGUUGUUCCAGACAGUAAACCCCAUUAAUGCUCAGGUUCUCUGCAGCUGCAGGUUUGCUCAUUUAUUUGUUGUAAUAUUUCACAGAAAGCAUGUAUUUUGGGUAUUUGUUUUAUUUCAUUCUGGACUCUUUCCUUGGAAGUUAUAGAGAGCAUUAAUGCAGGAGAGACCGUACAAAUAUUUUGUUUCUCUACAACUGCAGGGAGGGUUAUGCUGUUGCCAUUACCUGUGCCCUGCAAUAAAAUGCUGACAAUCCAGAAGUGUGGUUCUUGUCCACCACUGUACUAUUGAAACAGUUGUCUAAAAUAUCACUGUGUGCUCUUGCAUAAUUGCCUUAAAUGGAAGCUAAGGGGCCCAAACCAUGAAAAACAGCCCUAGAACAUAAGCACAUGUAUGUGUCCACAUACUUCUGGAGGUACAGUGUAUCUUAAACUGCAUUCUUAACAGGUUAUAAUGCAAUGGGGUUGGUAAAGCAUUAGGUCUCUAAAUGGCUCCCUUAAGAUCCCCUAAUCAAGGAAGGAAACUGAAGAGACUUCUUUUAUGUUUACAACAUUUGUUUGGCAAUUUCAUUUCACUAUGAUGUGAAUAAAUUAUAGUUAAAGACAUGAACA